AUGAACUUUCUCAUCACAUUCUAAUCACAUUAUUCUACAAAAAGAGAUCCAUUACAACCGCCAUUGCAGGCCGCCCAACCAUACCAUACGUUUUCCUCUGUUUCUCAAAUUUCCACCACCACCAUCAUCAUCAUCCAUGGCUUCUUCUAACAACAACAUCUCCAUCAAAAUCAUUGACAAAUGCAGAGUUUCUCCACCACCAGCGCCAUCAACCGAUGUUACUGUUUCUCUACCUCUCACUUUCUUUGACUUGUUCUGGGUUCGCUUCCACCCCGUUGAGCGUGUCUUCUUCUACAAACUUCACUCUCCUCCAUCUUUCUUCAUCGAACAUGUGCUUCCCAAGCUCAAAACCUCGCUCUCUCUUACCCUCCAACACUUCCUCCCUCUUGCUGGAAACCUACUUUGGCCUUCUCAUUCAGAUAAACCAAUCCUUCAAUACAAUCCUGGUGAUGGUGUUUCACUUCUCAUAGCAGAAUCCGAUGAAGAUUUCAACCAUCUUUUGGGCUAUAACUCACCACGUGAAGCUUCUGAAAUUCGAUGCUUCGUACCAGAACUGGAAACACUGGAAUCUCGUGCUGCUCUUAUGUCUCUUCAGAUCACUCUCUUCCCGGACAGUGGAUUCAGCAUCGGAAUCAGCACCCACCAUGCUGCUCUCGAUGGGAAAUCUUCCACCAUGUUCAUCAAAGCAUGGGCUUCCAUAUGUCAAAGCCUUGAAGAAGAACAGGAAGAAUCACCCACUUUGGUUCGUGAAUUCGAGCCUUUCUUUGAUAGAGAAGUUAUCAAAGAUCCAAAGGAUGUUGGACUCUUGUUAUUGAACCAUUGGUCGGAUGUCAUGUCCAAAAUGUUCCCUGAUGAGAACAACAUCAAGAAAAGCUUGAAGAUUCUACCGUUCGAACCCAAGGUGAAGGACUCGGUUCGUGCAACGUUCAAGCUCACGCGUUCAGAUUUGGAGAAGUUGAAGAAAAAGGUGUUGUCCAAUUGGAACAGCAACGUUAAUAAUGGUGAUGAUGAAGAAUCUACAAACACACCACCUAGUACUCUUUCUACUUUUGUUCUAACAUGCAGCUAUGUCUUGGUUUGUAUCGCCAAGGCGAUUAAUGGAGUUUUUAAGGAGAGACAAAAAUUCGGGUUCGCUUUCACUGGUGAUUGUAGGAACAGGUUAGAGCCUCCAAUACCUGAAAAUUAUUGCGGUAACUGUGUGUGGGGUAAUUUUGUGGAUGCAAAACCAGAGGACUAUGUUAAAGAAAAUGGAGUGGUUCUUGUCGCUAAGGGAAUUCACAAGACGACAAAAAUGUUGGGUAUUGAAGGUUUUCGUGGUGUAGAAGCAUCAGCUUUUGAUAAGUACAUGAAUAUGGCUAAAGAAGGAGUUGAAAUUCUUGGUAUUGCUGGUUCUAAUAGAUUUGGUGUUUAUGGUAUUGAUUUUGGUUGGGGAAAACCUGAAAAAGUUGAGAUAGCUUCGAUUGAUAGAGGUCUAACGAUGGGUUUGGCUGAGAAUAGUGAUGGCAAUGAAGGUGGGGUUGAGGUUGGUCUUGUUCUUAAUAAGCAGGUGAUGGAUCUGUUUAGGACUUUGUUUCGUGAAGGACUUGAAGAUGAUUAAUUGUUUGAUUAGUGAUAUUAUCGGACUUAAUUAAUCAACUAAAUUAGGUCCUGAUGAUAAUGAGUUUGAGCCAGCAGUAUUUUAUUGUUGUUCUUUUUUUAAAUGAAUAAGAAAUGAGUAAAAGAUUUGUCUUGGAA